CACAUCCAUCUCAUCAACCUUUCAUUCCUUCAAGGUUCAUUUGCUAGACGCAGCACGCUCUUGACGAGUUCUCUCAUUCAUUAUUCAUAUCAAAUUAUCAAAUUCAUUUUCAUAUUCAUCCUCACAUUCAUAUUUACCUUCAAAUCUACAUCAAUAUGUUUACCCUUCCUUUGAUUAUAGUCGCCGGCGGCUUAUUCACUCUCUCUUUCGGAGCUCCUCUUCCUGGAAAUACAGAAAGAGACUCAUUCGUUCAUUCUAUUCAAGAGCGUGCAGCAAAUUCAUACACGGUAUAUUCCGGUAAUGGAGAUGCCAAUGUAGGAUGGCCUACACAAAGUGAAUGGAUUUCAAGCUAUGAUGAUAUGUAUGUACCUACUAAUCACCCCUCAUCUCUCAAAUUACUAACAAUCUUCCAGGUUCGACAUGCAAAAUAGUGUAUUGAAAGCUUCAUGCACUCAAUUCGGUGAAGCUAACAAUUCCGAUGACGAGAUCUCAGAUCUUAAAUCUGCCAUCUCAGAAGUUGCUAGUACUACCGGCAUUGAUAGUCGUUUUAUCCUUGCCAUAGUAAUGCAAGAGUCUAACGGUUGUGUCCGCGCUCCAACUACUGUUUAUUCCAUCUCCAACCCAGGUCUCAUGCAAUCUCACGAGGGAUCUGGAUCCUGUAAUUCAGGAAGCUCUGUUCAAAAUCCUUGUCCCAAGAGCGAAAUGGUUCAAAUGGUUACUGAUGGUACAGCUGGUACAUCAUCAGGUGAUGGACUCAAACAAUGUCUUGCCGAAACUGGAGUUACAGAUGUCAGCAUGUAUUACAAGGCGGCCAGAAUCUACAAUUCCGGCUCUAUUGCCUCGGGUGGAAAUCUCGGGAAUGGAGUUGCUACCCAUUGUUAUGCCACUGAUGUUGCAAAUCGUCUCACAGGAUGGUAUACAGGAACUAGUUCUUGCAACUCAGCUACUAUUGGUUCACUUACAGGUUCAGCUGCAUCUGCUGGUUCUAGUGCUAUUAGUUCUGAAAUAGCUAGUGCCAGUUCAGUUAUUAGCUCUAUUGUCUCUUCGGUGGCUUCUGAAGUUACUUCAGCUUAUUCGGUACCAACUUCAGCUUAUUCGGUACCAACUUCAGCUUAUUCGGUACCAACUUCUAUCUCGGUCAGACCUUUCUUCACAUCAGUUGUUUCAGCUGCUUCAGCUGCUGCAUCCAACACUGGUGGCAUAUUCGCACAAGUCGGUGCUUCUUCCUCUAGUUCAUCCGCAGCACCAACCUCCGUAUCAUCAGCUGUGUCUGUCCCUACAGCUGCUUCCUCAUCUAUCGUUGAAUCAACCUCCGCUUCAUCAGCUAUAUCUAUCCCAACAGCUGCUUCCUCAUCUAUCGCUGAAUCAACCUCCGUAACAUCAUCUACACCCAUCGCAAAAGCAACCCCUUCCUCCACCUCAAUCGCCUCUAUAAUCCCCACCCCCACCCUCCCCACAACCGUCACAACCGCCACCUCAUCCCCCACCACCAGCAUCACCUACCCCUCCGCCUCCUCCCCCUCCUCACAAAACACAACCUACACCCCGGGAAGCACCUGCACCACCCCGGGUCAAUGGAACUGCAUCGACGGAACAUCUUUCCAACAAUGUUCAUCAGGAACUUGGUCAAGCGUAGGAGGACUCGCUGCAGGAACAGCAUGCAAAGUCGGAAAAGGAAAAUUAAUUGAUAUUUUCGCUACUGAUGAUAGUGAAAGUAAACAUAAGAGACAUGUUGAUGCUGGGAAGAGGGGUUUGAAACAUGCUCAUUUACAUGUUUUGAAGAGGGGUUUGAGGAGUUCUUGAUUGGGGGGUUGUGGAUUAGUUUAGUGUUAGGGUUAGUUUUUUGGGAGGGGUUUUGGGAGGGAAGGGAAAAGGGGAAUAGGAAUUGGAGUCUGAGUUUAAAUUUUUGAUAUCUUCACCCUUUGGUUUUGUUUUCUGUGGGGUGCUUUUGUCUUUGUGUUUCCUCUUUCUCUUUUUCUUCUUAGGUGGAUAGUUUACAAAUUUUGGGAUUUUGGAAACUUGGAAACUUGGAAAUUUACAUGCAGAUUCGUUAGCAGAACGGGACGGAAUGCAACGGAAGCAACAGGAGGAAAAAGAUAGGAUUAGAAGAAGUAGAAACCUGGUGUUUCUUCUUCUUGCUUGUUUCUUGAUAAGGUCAUGAGUUUAUGAAUAUAUGAAUAUAUGGAUGGAUAUAAGGCGGUAUAUUGUAUUGUGAUAUAAAUGUAGAGGGAGGAAGGCGGGGAGGGAGGAAAAUAUAUACUAUAGUAGAGUAUAGUAUAUUAUAAGUAGGAGUAUAAAUAAAA